AGUUCCGUUCCGCCUCUCGUGGCCGUCGUUUUACAAAAAUUUUUGACAGCCGCGCGCAGCACCAGCCGAAAUUCCGGAAUUAUUAUUUUUGUUUUACUUUGAUCGUUUCUUUUUUGUUGUUGUGUACUCGGGUUGUUGGUGUUGUUGUCUUCGUUCGUUUCGAGUUGUUCCAACUGAUUGACAAGUGUGACGACACACCGAUUCCGGACUGCCAAAAAGUGUUUUGUUUUUUGUUUUUGUUUAGUUUGUCCGGUGGACAUGAAAAAAAUGAGGCCGGCGGAUUGUAGCGCGGAUGAGUACAGCAGUGACGACGAGAUCAGUGUGGGUUGCCCGUCGCCUCGACGGACUGGAGACAGUCGAGUGCUGGCCGACGACGAGGAGAUGGAAGAGUCCAAAGAGACUCUGGUACUCACUAGUCAACACAUCCGGACGGAUGGAGACAAUGGCGGAGAUGGCGCCAAGAAUAGCGCUUCCGGCGGCGGCGGAGUCAGAUCCUUUUCUAUUCUGGAUAUUCUCAAUCAUCGGCCGGCUCAGCCGCCGCAACAACAACAACAACCGCCGCAGCGUUCGAUUAAAAGCGAAUCGGAAUCGUCGGCCGUUUGCUCGGCUGCCAAAAUCCGGCGGAAGAGUUCCAACGUUGUGGACAGCACAGCGUCGGUGGGUGUGACCGAUCACAUCCAUCCGUCCGCACAGCAGAACGAUGCGGAUUCGCCGACGAAAAUCAUGCGGCCGUGGGAUUAUCCGCAUUUGACCCUUCCGGCUCACUUCCAGGCCGCAGCGGCAGCCGCUGCGGCGGCCGGAUUCCUCAAUCCCAACCGAUGCCUGCCGUUUGCCAAUCAUCCGGCGACUUCACCUUUCCUUCCGGCUCCGGGACAUCAUCACCACCACCCGUUCGGCCUGCAGUCGCAUCCGGCCGCCGCCGGUCUAGGCUUCCAUCCGCACCAGCAUCCCAACUUCCAUCAUCACCUGCACCACCACCACCAGCAGCGGGGCGCUGCCGGAUCGUCUUUCGUCGGCGGAAUCCUGUCGGUCGGCGGCAGCAGCAGCGGCCACCUCUCGCCGUCCAGUUCCUCGGCCUCGCCGGAUUACAUCAGCGCCGGAGGAUCGAGCGACUGCGAGGCGGACGACGUCUGCUCCACCAGCGGCAACAGCGCCACAUCCGGCGGCAGCCCGCUCCUCCAGCAGAGGCAGAAAUCUCUCCUCAAUUCCGGCUCGCUGGUCGUCAACAACAACAACGGCGGCGGCAGUGCCGGAAGCGUCCGGAAAUCUUCGGGAGCCAAAAAAUCAUCCGAGAAAUCCUCGGCGGCCGGAGGCAACACAUCCGCCGGAGGCACUCCCCUUGACGCUCUCUUCCAGAUGACCUCCAAGACCUUCGACGGUUCCUCCAACAACGGAGCCGAUUCAUCUGGAAGUCAAAAUGGGAGCGGUCACGGCGGAGGAGGAGGAGGAGGCGGAGGCGGCGGAGGGGGAGGUAGCGGCGGAGGGGGUGCGCUCUUCAGUCCCCGACAACAAGCCAAAAAGAAGCGCAAGUCCAGGACGGCCUUCACCAAUCACCAGAUCUUUGAGCUGGAAAAGAGGUUUCUCUAUCAGAAGUACCUGUCACCUGCCGACCGCGAUGAGAUCGCCCUGACACUGGGACUGACCAACGCCCAGGUGAUCACCUGGUUCCAGAAUCGACGCGCCAAACUCAAACGAGACAUGGAGGAACUGAAAAAGGACGUCGAGUCGGCCAAGAUUUUGGGCAGUCACCACCACCACCAUCAUCACCAACACCAUCACAAGGCCUUCAUCGGUGCCCACAUGGAUCUGAACAUGUUGCAGAAAAAGGCCGACGAAUACAAUCAAGCCAUCGCCGCCGCCAGCGAUUGAAUGUAAUCAAUUGUAUUACACUAUACCGCCAAUUCGAAAAUCUUAUAUUAAAAAAAACACAAAUUUAAAACAAAACAAAAAAAGACAAAAAAUACCGUGUGUAGUUUGCUUUCAAACAUAUCUCGUUCCUCCCACUACUUUUCAACUCUUCUAAACUAUUUUCUACCAAAAUUUUACGACAAAAUUUACUACAAAAAAAAAGAAAUUGACAAAAAAAAAACCGACAAAUAUUUUAUUAAUUAUUAUCAUUUCAGGUGAAAAGAAUAACCAUUGGUAUUUUGUAUGUUUUUUUUGCGUGCGUGAUUGUGUGUGAUUGUAUUUUGUUCUGUGCGAACGCGUGUUGUUGUGUCAUCAUCAAAAUCGACGAUUUUUCUUUUUUUGUUUGAUUUGUUAGAACUUUUUGUGCCCGACGACGAUUUUCCUUUUUUGAUUUGUUGUACAUUUUCAGCUCCUCCACGAAAAAAUAAUUUCGAGAUAGAAAAAAAUUCACUUUGUUCUUUGUAAUUUGUCUUUUUCUAAAAAGUUUCCCCAAAAAGUUUUUCAAUUCGCCCGCUGUCCUCCCUACUCUGAUUUCUAAAUAGCGAAAAGAAAAAGAAACAAAAACAAAAUAAGGACAGACAAUAUAUAAAUUAACAUCUAUCGUGCUGAU